AUGAAACCCAUCGACGACAAGAAGGACAAAAUGGUAACAAGGGCAGUGCCCCGAUAUGAAGAAGGGAAGAAAAGAGUUGAGAAGACAGAGCUUAAAACCGACAACAUCGAUACCAUUAAGUAUGUGGGAAAAAAGCUCAUCGACAAGGGGCUGCUGCGCAUGGAAAGGCACCCAGUUGAUGGGUUAGGCGCGAUCGGAAAACCGCCGCCGAAGUCAGGACACGGCGGGAAGUACACGUGGGAAGGACCCGAUGACAUGGCGGAGAACGAGCUGGAAGCUGCGCCACCGGCGAUUGAUGAGAAGGAUCCGAACUAUGUAGAUGAGGAGGAGGAAAAGAAGAUUGUGAAAGAAGAAGAGAGUGAUGAGUUGGUUGUUGGCGAGGUGGAGGUAGUAGCUACGCAGGCAAAAGAUGUAGCUAGAGUUGAGGUUGAUCCUCACUUGAAGCUUUGA